UCUCAAAGAGACAAUAUGCUACAUCAGUUCAUAGCACUUAUCGUUUUAACUCAUUUUGAUAGAGCACAAUCGUCCCCUGGGUUCAACUGUGUACCAACGGGCACAUGCCAAGCACAAAGCGGUGUAACUUUGAAUCGACGAAUUUUUACCAGGGGUAACCCAUGUCCCACCGGCGAAUUGCCAUGUCUACCCAUACAAACUUCCACCACGUGUGGAAAAAGAAACGUCACCGCUAUACAACCACACGAUGGUGUCGCCACACAUGGAGCGUGGCCAUGGGCAGUAUAUAUUACGAAUCAGACUGGUUUCUGCGGAGGUGGUGUUCUGAUCAGUCCAAAUACAGUAUUGACUGCGGCUCACAAAGUUUCAGGAAAUCGAGACACUCCCAAUUUGAUUGGAGUUUACGUGGGUGUGCAUAGUCCCAAAGAAUUAGGGGCCAAAUUAAAUGUCAGCCGUGUAACUGUACAUCCCCGUUUUAACAUGACCAACUUCUUUAACGACCUAGCUGUGUUGCACUUAGCAACAGCCGUAACACCUUUACCUCAACAACUAGUGAAUCUAGUAUGCCCUCCAACAGCAGCUAUGUCAUUCGUAGGACAAACAUGCACAGUAGCUGGAUGGGGACAAUCCUCGUUCACAGUACACGACGCACCUAUAGCACAGCAAAAACAAGUUCACGUUAAAAUAGUUGAUGCCGAUACCUGUUACCAAUCCAUGAGCCACCAAUCGCUAUUAGGCCAAAAUGUUAACAUGUAUUUGGACCCCAUCGGAGAAAUUUGCGCCGGCGGAGAGGGGUCGCGAGAUUCAUGCACAUACGAUGGAGGCUCACCGUUGGUCUGUUACGUAAACAAUGCCCAUUACGUGUUAGCAGGUGUGGUCAUUUGGGGGAAAGGAUGCGGACAACCGGGAACGUACGGGGUGUAUACUAGUAUUCCAAAUUAUGCAAACUGGAUACAAUCCGUUAUAGCACCAUAA